GCUUGGCUCUGUUUCUUGUCCAGAUUGCAAGGGGCUCACGACGAGAUGCUUUCCGAAAACCCCGCCCCAGCAUCCCUCCUUCCCUCAGGAGCUGGGUUGAAUUAAUUUGAUUUGAUGUUCAGGAGCAGCCGAGAGAUGAACUGAAAACUUUUCCCUUCCUUUCCUUCUCCUUUCCCAUUUUGUCUUCUUCCCUGGACAGAUGUGCAGCAACGGCGGCGGCAGCUGUGACUGAGACUUUCGAACUAGCUUCUCUCCUCUUCCAUCCCCGUCUCUUGCCCAGCCGGGCCAUCAAGGGCAGGAGAUGAGAGGCUCUGCCUGGUCCCAUGGCACUGACUAGCUCCACUUUAGUUCAAAGUGGGCAAAAGUCGAGCCAGGUGGACUGUCGAGAAACCACAGCGGCACUGGGAGUCACCACCGUCACCACCGCCACCACCACCGCAGCGUUCUCCUCCUCCUUAGAUCGGGAAUAGAUGCCCCCCCACCCACACACCCCUCCCUCCUUGAGCAUUUGACUCAUCUGCCCACCAUGGGAUCGCCGGCGUCCUCCGCCCGAGCCCCUGCGAGGCUGAUGUGGAGGGCGGACCAACACUUAGUCUGUCUCCGGGCUCCUUGCUGAAAGCUCCCGCCUAGCUAUUCUUCUUUCUCACCCCUUUGGAAGGAACCCGAUGUUCUAGGAGUUUGUGGAGCUCGCCGCUGCUCCCGAACUCCUAGUGUGAGAGCUAAGAGAAAAGAAGGAAGAGAGCAAGAGAGCGAGCCAGAGAGAGAGAGAGAGAAAAAAGAGAGCAACCACUCCGCCAGCUGAGGCCCCGCACACUUAAUUGCAGGCCAGAAUACAGAACUAUGAUAGCAACUGGUGGCGUCAUAACAGGCCUGGCAGCCUUAAAGAGGCAAGACUCUGCUAGAUCUCAGCAUCAUGUCAACCUCAGCCCAUCACCUGCUGAUCAAGAGAAGAAACCGGUUAGACGCCGGCCUAGGGCUGAUGUCGUGGUUGUUCGGGGCAAAAUCCGACUUUACUCUCCAUCCGGAUUUUUCCUUAUUUUAGGAGUGUUGAUCUCAAUUGUAGGGAUAGCAAUGGCAGUCCUUGGAUAUUGGCCCCAAAAAGAACAUUUUAUAGAUGCUGAGACCAGGCUGUCAACCAACCAAACCCAAGUGAUCAGAAACCAAGCUGGUAUCAUGGUUCGCUUCUUUGAGCAGCAUUUACACUCUGAUAAGAUGAAAAUGCUUGGCCCCUUUACGAUGGGCAUAGGGAUUUUUAUUUUCAUAUGUGCUAAUGCCAUUCUACAUGAAAACCGUGACAAGGAAACCAAGAUCAUUCACAUGCGAGACAUCUACUCCACUGUCAUAGAUAUCCAUACCCUAAGAAUCAAGGAGCAAAAGUUGAUGAAUGGUGUCUACACUGGCUUAAUGGGAGAAACUGAAGUAAAGCAGAAUGGUAACUCCUGUGCCUCUAGAUUAGCAGCAAAUACACUUGCCUCCUUCUCAGGUUUUAGGAGUUUUCGAAUGGAUAGCUCUGCUGAAGAAGAUGAACUUAGGCUCAGUGAGAGCAAGAGUGGUAGUCACCUUGUGCCCCCUUUGUUUUCUGAUAGCUCUGUCUCUGUCUUUGGCCUCUAUCCACCCCAUAACAAGACAGGUGAUGAUAAGAACAGUAGCAUAAAAAAAUGUGAAACAAAGUCCAUCGUAUCCUCAUCCAUCAGUGCUUUUACAUUGCCUGUGAUCAAGCUUAAUAAUUGCGUCAUUGAUGAGCCUAGCAUAGACAACAUCACUGAGGACUCUGAGACUAUCAAGCGCAGGUCUCGGAAUUUAUCCAUGGAUUCACUGGCUGUUCCUUUAACCAAUAUCAAUGAAUCCUACCAGCGAGCCAGUUUAGGGUUGCCACGGAAUGAUUCUGCUGGGGAAUCUCUUUCAAACCAGUACAAAUCUUCUGUGGCUCUUGGACCGAGAACUGGACAGCUUUUGUCACCUGGGGCUGCUAGGAAACAAUUUGGAUCCAACACAUCCCUGCAUCUGUUGUCUUCACACUCAAAAUCCUUAGACUUGGACCGAGGUCCCUCCACCUUGACUGUCCAGGCUGAACAACGAAAACACCCAAGUUGGCCCCGGUUGGAUCGGAGUAACAGCAAGGGGUACAUGAAACUGGAGAACAAAGAGGACCCAAUGGAUAGGUUGCUUGUACCCCAAGCCUCAAUCAAGAAAGACUUUACAAAUAAGGAGAAGCUUCUAAUGAUCUCCAGAUCUCAUAAUAAUUUGAGUUUUGAACAUGAUGAAUUUUUGAGUAACAACCUAAAGAGGGGAACUUCAGAAACAAGAUUUUAAAUGUUAAAACACACACACACACACACACACACAAUCUUUUACAAGGCAACUUAUUUUAAAACAGUUUUCAUAAGUGUUUGUUAAAGCAACGCAUACAAGCCUCUUUAACCAAAUGGCUAUGGCAUAAUAGAAUUGGUUCCUUAUUUCUAUGGGGGAGACAGUUUUAUGACCUAGUGACAUACAGCUGCAAUAUUGUACUUUAUCAUCACACACAGUAUUUUUUAUGUUCCUAUAUGAGCAUGAUCUCUUUGGUUACAGUGAGUCAGAGACCUGCAUCCAAAUAAAAGUGCGUCUGCUUCAGGUUUCAUUUCCUCCCCUUGGUUGCUACAUUCCCAGAACGAUGCUUCCAGUCUAGAAAAAAAAAAAAAGUCACUAAAGUCUGGACUAGAAAUGCCAAACCCAGGCCAAAGACUAAAUAUACUUUUAAAUGUAUAUGCUGACUGUGUAACCUAAGGUUUUGUUUUCCAAAAAAACACAUAGGGUUGGGUGAGUUUAGGGGAAAAACAAAUCAGAUUAAAUAUCUUCUUUUUGUUUGUUUUGUGUGUGAAUUCAUUGUAGUUGGUUCAGUCAGAUACCGGUAUUGUGAACUCUUCUCUAGGUUAUAUGUGAUAACCUUUCAACAUCCAUUAUAUUUUAGGAUUGUAAUUUCAGAACAUCAUGUAUUAUAGUGCCACAGCUCUGAAAUUGUUGUAGCUUUAUGGAGAAAAAUCAAAACUUGAUCAGGUGACUGACACUUUAGAAAAGGAAACUGUCUAAAUUAUGUAGAAUAUGAAUGACCCAAAGUUUUCCCAUUCAAUUAGAUAACCUUUAUCAAGCACCUACUAUGAGUAAUGGGUUAGUGAUACAAAGAAAGAAAUGAAAAAAAAAAAACACUUCCCUUAAAGGAGCUCAUAUUCUGUUGGAUAUGAUUCCAUUCCCAAAUAUUCAAAUCCAAAUAAUAUUUAUUUAUUUCAUGUUAAUUGGAAAAAUGAGUGCUAAACAACAUUAGCUAAGAGCUGCUUCAUUCCUUACUCACCUUAAAUUUUUACCUUUCACUAUCUCUAUCCCUGACCUUUCCCUCCACCCCACCUCCAAAUGACAACAACAAUGACAAAAAUAACAACAAAAGCUCGACAUCAAUAACCUGAGGCUUGGUCUCAAUACUUUUAUAAAUCCCUGCAGUUGGGAAAGUAAUCAGCUAAUCUCACCAUUUCUUUUCAUUUUGGCCUAUCUCUAGUUUGAUGAUUCAAGAACAUUUAGCUCUUACUAAAUUGCCUUGAAAAAUACAUUUUUUCAAGGGAAAACCCCGAAAGACUUUUUUUUUUUUGCAGUACCAGGUUUUCAUGGUUGCAGUUUUAAGUUUUGUGCACAUAAAUACUAAAAUGUAUGUGUCCAUCCAAAAAUUUUCCUAUUUUCCAGUAUUGUUUAAUAUUUACUGAACUGACAUACUCAGGAAUUCUUUUUAAUAGCUUUCCCCUCAGAUAACCAAACAUUUCAAAGCAUCAGUAUACUGCAGUUGUGUUCCGAAAGCAGAAGACAGAAACAUUUGUGUUUCCAGCUUGAUCCAAUCCAUAUGGUGAUCUUUGCAUCCAGGGCAUUAUUUGCUCUGUGGAUUGAGGCCUGGUACUACUUGUUAGAACAUUGAGCCUAUAUAUUGUAACAGAGUGGGCUAAAUAUUUUGGUAUGAAGCUUUUA